CCUGCGCCGCCCUGCGCGGGGGCACCGACGUGUCGCGGCGGAGGAGCCGCGCUAGGCCGCGCAUCCCGCUCGGCGCCCCAGGUCCCGGCAGCAUUCCCGACCAUGCCACGGGGAGAGAUAUGACGACGGCCUCCGGGAGAUACUCCUGGCGUGUUCUCCAUAAGCUUUUAUCAAGUGGUGAUUUUAUGCAAUGGCAUCAAGCCACAGUUCCUCACCAGUGCCUCAGUCGAAGAGCAGCGAUGCUUUCUGUAGAAAGGAAGCGGACGCCACGAAACGCUUUCGGCCUGUGCAGUCCCUGCCAGACGUGUGUCCCAAGGAGCCCACAGGCAAUCCCAAUAGCUUACAUGACAGCCCAUCUCUAGUUGUGGAUCAGCAAAGAUGGACUAUUUAUCAUUCCAAAGUCAAUCUCCCAGCAGCACUAAAUGAUCCUAGGUUAGCAAAAAGGGAAUCUGAUUUCUUUACAAAAACAUGGGGAGUGGACUUUGUGGACACUGAAGUCACGCCUUCAUUCUACCUCCCACAGAUCACCAAGGAACAUUUUGCAUCAUACCAACAGGAAAUCACUCCGAGAGAGAAGGUUCAUGAAAGGUGCAAGAAUAUUUGUACUCCUAAAGAUACCUUUGACAGGACACUAUUACACACUCACGAUAAAUCCAGGACAGAUCUGGAACAAGUACCUAAGAUUUUUAUGAAACCAGAUUUUGCCUUGGAAGAUUCCUUAACAUUUAAUGCCGUUUUACCAUGGUCUCAUUUUAGUACCGCUGGUGGAAAAGGAAAUCGUGAUGCAGCUUCCUCCAAGUUACUUCAAGAAAAGCUGAGCCAUUAUCUGGACAUCGUGGAAGUCAAUAUUGCUCACCAGAUUUCUCUUCGUUCAGAAGCAUUUUUUCAUGCAAUGACCUCACAGCAUGAGUUGCAGGACUACCUCAGGAAAACCUCCCAGGCUGUAAAAUUGCUUAGAGAGAAAAUCUCUAAAAUUGAUAAAGUAAUGUGUGAAGGAUCGCUUCGAGUUUUAAGACUGUCACUCACCAGAAAUAACUGUAUAAAAGCAUACAAUAAACUGAAGCUAAUGGCUACUGUACACCAAACACAGCCCACAGUACAGUUGCUGCUCUCCACUUCAGAGUAUGUUGGAGCUUUGGACUUAAUAGCAACAACACAAGAGGUGUUACAGCAAGAGCUUCAAGGUAUUCACAGUUUCCGGCAUCUUGGCUCACAGCUUUGUGAACUGGAAAAGCUGAUAGAUAAAAUGAUGAUUGCAGAGUUUUCAACUUAUGCUCGCAAUGAUUUAAAUAGACCCCUAGAAGAUGAUUGCCAAAUUCUAGAAGAGGAGAGACUUGUAUCUCUAGUAUUUGGACUUCUAAAACAAAGGAAGCUAAAUUUUUAUGAAAUAUAUGGAGAUGAAAUGAUUAAUACUGCAAAGAAUAUAAUUAAACAGUGUGUGGUUAAUACGGUAUCGCAGAUAGAAGAAAUAGACACAGAAGUGGUUGUUAAGCUUGCAGACCAGAUGAGGAUGAUGAAUUUUCCUCAGUGGUUUGAUUUACUGAAGAAUAUUUUUUCAAAAUUCACUAUCUUCCUCAAGAGAGUAAAGGCAACGUUAAAUACUAUCCGUAGCGUGGUUUUCUUGGUUCUAGACAAGAACCAAAAAACCAGAGACCUGGAGGACACGUUGCAGAAGAACUCUGCUAAGGAGAGCCUGGUGGACAGCGAGGUGGCCUACCUGACCCACGAGGGGAUGUUCAUCAGCGACGCCUUCGGCGACGGGGAGCUCCCGGCCGGAGCGGCCGACUCGGCCUCGCAGAGGAACACGUCCCCCAACAGCGAGCCCUGCAGCAGCGACUCCGUCUCGGAGCCCGAGUGCGCCACCGACUCCUCGUCCAGCAAGGAGCACACGUCCUCCUCGGUCACUCCGGGAGGAGUGGACAUGAUGAUUGGUGAGGACAUGAAACUGACUGACCUGGAGCUGGGCAGGCUGGCAAACAAUAUCCAGGAGUUACUUUAUAGCGCCUCUGAUAUCUGCCACGAUCGCUCGGUCAAGUUCCUCAUGGCAAGAGCAAAGGAUGGCUUCCUAGAGAAGCUGAAUUCCAACGAGUUCGUUACUCUUUCUCGCUUGAUGGAAGGCUUUAUCUUGGAUACUGAGCAGAUCUGUGGCAGGAAAAGCAUGUCCUUGAGAGGAGCUCUUCAGAGUCAAGCCAAUAGAUUUGUGAAUAGGUUUCAUGAGGAGAGGAAGACAAAACUAAGCCUGCUUUUGGACAAUGAGCGCUGGAAGCAAGCUGAAGUUCCUGCCGAGUUCCAGGACCUCGUUGAUUCGGUGUCAGAUGGCAGAAUUUCUCUCCCUGAAAAAAAACCAACAGCUACUGAAGAAAGAAAGCCAGCUGAAUUCCUUAUUGUUGAAGGACAAAAAUAUGCAACAGUUGGGACAGUAUUGCUGCUAAUAAGAAUAAUCCUGGAGUACUGCCAGUGUGUGGAUAACAUUCCUUCCAUCACCACUGACAUGCUGACCCGCCUGUCGGAUUUACUGAAGUAUUUCAACUCUAGAAGUUGCCAAUUAGUGCUUGGAGCCGGUGCAUUACAAGUUGUUGGCUUGAAAACAAUCACUACAAAAAACCUAGCCCUUUCUUCACGUUGCCUCCAGCUCAUCGUACACUACAUUCCCAUUAUCAGGGCUCACUUUGAAGCUCGGCUGCAACCGAAGCAGUUCAGCAUGCUCAGGCAUUUUGACCACAUCACAAAGGAUUAUCACGACCACAUAGCUGAAAUUUCAGCAAAGCUCGUUGCCAUAAUGGAUAGCUUAUUUGACAAACUAUUAUCAAAGUAUGAAGUGAAAGCCCCUGUUCCUUCAGCAUGCUUCAGGAAUAUCUGCAAGCAAAUGGCAAAGAUGCAUGAAGCUAUAUAUGAUCUCCUUCCUGAGGAGCAAACUCAGAUGCUGUUUUUACGAAUUAACGCAAGCUACAAACUCCACCUGAAGAGGCAGCUGGCCCACCUCAAUGUGGUCAAUGAUGGAGGACCUCUGAACGGGCUGGUUACUUCAGAUGUGGCUUUUUACACUGGAAACCUUCAAGCUCUGAAAGGCCUUAACAACUUAGAUCUAAACAUGGCUGAAAUCUGGGAGCAGAAGAGGUGAUAAUCCAUUGGGAGCAGUCACUUGGCUCUGACAACAGACUGACUCUUCUAAGCAGCGUGACAUGGUGAGGUGAAUGCUUGAGCCCAGAGCCCCAGGAAGGGCAGGAUUGAGUCGGGGGAGCUUAGACUCAGAGGGAGCUGCAGGGAGAGAUCCUUCCGGUGUCCUUCAGCAAGAAACAAGUGAUCAGCUGUCUGUGCAAUGUUUUUUCAUUCUCUCUGGAAACAGACUCAGGUUUCUUUGGACCAAAUCCAAAAGAACACAUAGCUGUAACACAGCUGUAGUUGUCUAGAAUGCUCUGUAUAUCUUUAUAUUAAAAAGAUGCUUUGCAUUUCUUCUAGUGCAAUGAAAUUCACAUGGUGUCCCACCUUAUUUAAUGAUGGUACAAUAUAAAAAUCUUGCAGUUGGAACUCUGUAGAAAAUGUUUUUCUCUAUGAAACUAUGCUGUUCUAAAAUUUAUUUUUUUACAGAACUUUAUAUAAAUAAAUGUCUUUUGAUUGCUCGCAUAUAGGAUUCAGCUUUGUUAGGGAGCAGUCCUGUUCCAGGGGAUUUCUCAGGGCCUAAAAUCUGAAGACAAGAUUUUCUAAGCAAGGGCCAGUUCCUCAAAGCUGUUCCUGUGGGGGAGAGGAGUGACCUGACCCUGGUUGGCAGUGACAGGGUAGCAGUGGGGGAACUGGGAGGUGGGAAAAAAGCUGGUGGAAGGAUGGCCACCUCCAGCUGCCCAGCGCCUCUGCCAGAGGGGAGGGACAGGGACACAAAGAAUGGGCAGGAAGAAUUUUAAAGUUUUUAGGCUGCUUAUAAAAGGCUGCACCAUUAAGAAGAGUGCAGCUGAAAUCCAUCUCUUUUGGAGUUUUUAAUCCUACCUUUGACAGACUGGAGGCUGCCAGUGCUCAGUACAAGUGCCUGUGAUUCUCACCUCACCCCUCUGUACCUGACCCCCGUCGAGUGCCUAACCCUGAGAUGAUCAUGUCUGAUGGAAUGGUCUCUGCUGCAGUGUGUGUGUGCCUGUGGUGCCCUCAGCCAGGCAUGCUGACCUGGUAGCAUAACACGUGUCAUUCAUUGUCAGUCAAAAUAAAGCUCUAAAAUCACA